ACAAGAAGACCCACUGACUCAUCCGACGGACAAAUGGAAUUCACGAACUCGCAUGCUUGACUCCAGAGCCCGCUUUUUGCCCGCCGUCAAUCGUCAUUCGGCCUAGGGAGCCGAUGGGGCGGCCCAUCAGACUGGGCGGCCGGGCUCGGCGGGCAGGCGGGGCAGACUUUCAAGGCCCGGGCUCUGCAGCAGAGAAAAGUUGCGGAGACCAAGAAUUUGUGCUCCACGGGCAUAUCGUUAUCUGUUACGGGCAGAGAAACUCCAGGAAGUCAACCUGUAUGCCCGAUUUCUUGAAACAUAACAGCUGUUUAAGAAAGCUAUUCAAACAUCCUAUAUAACCGAUUGUUACCACCUUCGAAUCCAUUCCUAACAGCUCCAUUUCCCGGAGAAUCGAUACCGCCGAACUCACCAAUCCGUACUCUUUCGCGACAACCACACAACCACCGCCAAAAUGCCGAUCCAGCAACCCUCCAACCAGAUCAAACUGACCAACGUCUCCCUCGUCCGACUCAAAAAGGGCAAGAAGCGGUUCGAGGUCGCCUGCUACAAGAACAAAGUGCUCGAAUGGCGCUCCGGCAUCGAGACCGAUCUCGACAACGUCCUGCAGAUCCCCAACGUCUUUUUGAACGUGUCCAAGGGCCAGACGGCGCCGACGGCCGACCUCCAAAAGGCCUUCGGCAAGGAUACCUCGGUCAAUGACAUCAUCCUCGAGAUCCUCAAAAAGGGCGAGAUGCAGGUGGGCGAGAAGGAGCGCGGCGCGCAGCUGGAGCGCGUCCACAACGAGGUCGUCUCCAUCGUCGCCAGCAAGCUGGUCGACCCGCGCACCAAGAAGGUGUACACCACGGGCAUGAUCGACAAGGCGCUGGACAUGCUGAGCUCGCAGGCGCAUCAGCUGCAGGAGAAGGAGAAGGAGAAGAAGGACGCGGCCGCGAGCGGUGCGGCGUCGCCGGCGACGGGCGAGAGCGGCGAGGCCAAGCCCCAGCCUACAAAGUCCCUACCCAUCUGGACCGGUGUAUCGACGAACAAGAGCGCGAAGUCACAAGCGCUCGAGGCCAUGAAGGCGCUUGUCGCUCACCAGCCCAUACCCGUUGCCAGGGCGAGAAUGAGGUUGCGCAUUACUUGCACGACCAACGUGCUCAAGCAGGCCGUCAAGGCUCCCAAGGGGGAGGCCGACAAGGAUGGCGAGGAGGGAGAGAAGAAGGCGCCUGGUACGGUCAAGGACAAGAUUCUCAGCUUCGUCGAGCAGGUUGAGAGCCAGGAUGUCAUGGGCCAAGAGUGGGAAAUGGUGGGCUUCGUAGAGCCCGGCGCUUUCAAGAUCUUGUCUGACUUCAUCGGAAGCGAGACCAAGGGACAGGGAAGAGUAGAGGUCCUGGAUAUGGCCGUCACUCACGAAGAUUAAAGUCAUGACUUUGUUUUCUUGUGACCGGUUGAUACCCUGUUGGUCAUUCCUCUCUUUGAUAGAUUUCAAGUCACAUAUAUGGGGCGGGCGUUAUGGCAUCGAAAAUCACAUUUGGUUGUUUUGGGCAAUGGGUUUGCGUCUUUCACGUCCAUAGAGACCGAAUGAGAAUCCCAACAGUAAAUCAUUUUCCAUAUCCGCGCCGUUUAUUGUCAUGCUGUCAAUGAUGUGUCUUUCCUUAGCAUGCGAGUUCCCCCAUGAGCCAUAGGCUACCUAGAAUCCAGAUACUCGCAAGGCGAAAAAAUUCAGUCCCAGAUGUCCAU